AUGACUGCUUACUCCAGUAUUUUUCUGACCAUUGAACUGAAGAAUGGAACCCAGGUUCAUGGCACCAUCACAGGUGUUGAUUUGAGCAUGAAUACCCACCUGAAGGCGGUGAAGAUGACCCUGAAGAACAGAGAGCCCACUCAGCUGGAGUCGCAGAGCAUCAGAGGCAACAACAUCCGCUACAUCAUCCUGCCAGACAGCCUUCCUCUGGACACCUUGCUGGUGGAUAUCGAGCCUAAGAUAAAAUCUAAGAAGAGAGAAGCAGUGGCAGUGCGGGGACGAGGCAGAGGACCUGGACGUGGGAGAGGAAGAGGACGAGGCCGAGGAGGAUCAAGGAGAUGAUCAUCUGGGCUUUCUGGG